AUGCCUUCUGGAGAGGGACGACCUCCAUCCCUCUGCUGCGCCCGACGCAGUCGAGUGGAUUUUCAGGCUAAGCCUUACGCAAAAUGGACCCCGGAAACACAGUCUUUUGUAACUCAAAUGUGCUUGACCAUAAACUACUCUUCUUGGAAGAAAACAGGUUGCUUUGGAGUGACACAAAAGCAAUGGGGCACUGACAGUCAGAGGACAUGCACAAGCCUUCAGCAGGCGAGUGCUGCAAAGAGAAAACUAAGCUCUAUCAAGGAAUCUCUGUCAUCACAAAAUACAACAUUGAUUUCACCGACAGUCAUUUCACAAAUGAUUGAUGAGAAUAAAUCAAAAGAAAAUUGGCCCGCUUUGCCUAGGCGGUCCAUGAUCCUCCAGCCCAGUGCUCAUCACACGAAGCAGUCUUUGGCUAACUGCAGUUCAGUCAACAUUAACAGAGCAGUCACGGUACUUCCCAGCAGAUUAGAAAUUCAGGCAUCUUUAGAUGACACCACGUCUCCAUCGGACUUUCCCGUUGCAGAGGAAAAACAGUGUCAAAACCAGCAGAAAGGGUUUGCCUCCAUAACUAUUACGGCAAGGCGUGUUGCUGUAGGCUCCGACAACCCAGCACGUGGACCUGGGGCUGUGCAAGAGCCCAACGCCGUGUCCCCAACCUGGAGCAAAGUCCCUGCUGCCCUCCAUCGCUGCCCUCCUCUAGGCCACGCAAACCAACACGCCUCUCCAUUAAAGAUUUCUGAACCUUGCUCACAAUUAGGUAAAAAACCACGAAAGCAGCUUUUUGACCCUGGAAACAAAGAGAACGACGUGGGUCUUCAAAGCAGCGAUGGGCGAGAGAAAGUACCACGUUCUUUCAUCUCAUGCAUCCACCUUCAGGUUUCUCAGCAGUGUCCAAAUACCAUCUAUUAUUUAGACAAGUCACUCAAUGUGUGCAUUGACCAACCUCAAAUUAAAUGCCAAAAAAUUCAUAGAUCAGCGUUGUCGUUCAAUAUAAAUUGCAGUUUGUCUAGAUUAACAGCAGAUGGAGUAGAUGGCAUAGCUAAUGGACAGCCAAUAGAGGCGAUAUUUCAAACAAAGCUCCUAGGGGAAAACAAGACUCCACUUGAAUCAAACUUGAGUGCAGACUUAACAGAAAAUAAUGUAAUUAAUAAAGAGAAAACAAAUGAAAGCUAUUUGGGUAGAAAAUACCCUUUGCAAAGUGUCUUUAUCUCUGAACUUCCAGCGUUUGUGGAUAUACCUAGACAACCUAAUAACGUGGUAACAACAAAGAAAGAUGAUGAUAAGCAAUCUGACAGCUAUGACACUACAUUUUCUCUCCAGCUUCCUAAUUCAAGUGAUGAGGCAG